UAAACCCAGAAAAAGGGAAACUCUUCGUGACCAGCAAGAAAGCGAGCAUUGUCCUACGUGUCACAAGGAUAGCCCCGCAGAUGAGUCGCCGUGGCCUACAAAAAUCAGCCUCGUCAUCAAUAUCCAAUUCUAGAAUUGUCAGAAGCAUUUCUUCGUCCCCAAGUCACCAGUGUCGACAAAGCUUGUUUUAUUUGCUCCCAACAACACAGAAACUUCGUCAGGUCAUCUUGGAUAAACCCCCUCAUAAACCCUUCUCCAAGAAUGAAGAUUAUAUAUACGACGACGACGACCGGUCAAACUGGAGUUGAAUAACAGAGAGAGAGAGAGAGCUAGAAGUACAAGCUAGCUGCACAGAGACCUCUCUUUCUGGUUCUGAAAUGACGCCCAAGAGUUCAGACAGGGAUAGAAUAAUGGGCAAGAGGCCCAGAGUGGAUGAAACUGUGGUUGAAUGGGAGAAGUACAGUAAAAAUUUUGAUUUUGCUAAAGAUGGAUUGGUGAAUCGAAUGCCACGUAGGAUGCCAACCAUGGGAGCUAGAAAGGGUCGUAUGAGAGGAAAAGGAGGGCCUGAGAAUUUAAAUUGCAGUUAUAGAGGUGUUAGGCAGAGGAUUUGGGGCAAGUGGGUUUCUGAAAUUCGAGUACCAAGUAGUAAUACACAUGGUUUGACGUCGAGAAAGGUUGGUCGUCUCUGGCUUGGUACUUUUGAUACUGCUGUAGAAGCUGCACAUGCUUAUGAUAAAGCUGCAAAGGCCAUGUAUGGUCCUGUGGCUCGGCUUAAUUUCCCCGAAUCUUUGGAACCAUCAAUGUCGGAUGAGACCAUGGAAUCGUGUGAUAAUGCGUCUGAAUUUGAGGAUAGUGUGGGUGAAGAGCCAAAGCAGGAAGAUGAGGUGUUUGAUGCAAGUAUAGAAGAGCCAAGUAAUGAAUGGCAUUGGGAAGCUAACAGUGUUAAAUGCGAAUUACAAAUGGAGGACGAGCUUGUUAAUAAUGAUGUAGAAUUUGAAGAACAGGCUAUCAACAAUGUAAGGGAGUCUGUAGAUGAAUGGCAUUCAGCACCUAAGUAUGUGAAAUGUGAAUUGCAAACUGAGGAUGAGUUUGUUGAAGAUGAUGUAGAAGUUGAAGCACUCGCUAUGAACAAUGUAAGGGAGCCUGAAGAUGUAUGGCCUUGGGAACCUACGUAUGUGAAAUGUGAAUUGGAAAAUGAGGACCAGCUUGUUACAAAUGAUGUUGAAGUUGAAGCAGUCACUACAAAAAAUGUAAGGGAAUACGAAGAUGUAUGGCAGUGGGAACCUAAGUAUGUAAAAUGCGAUUUGGAAACUCAGGACGAGCUUCUUCAAAGUAAAGCUGACGUUGAAGGACUUGCUAUGAACAAUGUAACAGAGGAGGAAUUUCAAGCUGUGAGUUAUGUUGGCAGCUCCAACCAUAGACAUGAUAAUCACUUGGAUAAUUAUCUUCAGGCUGGGAAAUCUGAUUCAGUACCUAAUGAUAAGCCUUAUACUAAUUUGGACUUUUCAGAGAUUUUUUCGAGGUUCAGUAAUGAUUACUUAGAUGCUGAGCUUGUAGAUGUGAAAUGCAAUCCAAAAAAUGAUUGCAACCUUUCAAAUGAUGUUACAGUUGACACGCCGGUAAUGAGCAAACCCAUGGAGAAAGAAUUUGCUGUGAUUCUGGAAUCUGGAGACAACAAUCUGCAUAAUGAACCGAUAAACGUGGCAAGCAACAAUCUGGUAACUAAUCUGGGUGAAUAUGAAAGGACUGUGCUGCCUCCUAAUGAAUUUCAGGGCGAUAUUGCAGAAACUAUGAAACCAAAUGGCCAUAAUGGCUUUGGUGAUAAUAAUGCUUGCUUGCAGGAACAUUAUGAACAGAUAAAUGUGGCCUACAGUCCAAGAUCUAGCAUCAAGCCUUCAACAGAUAUUGAAACGCAGAAAGAGAUCGACAGCAAACUUGGCUACUUGCAUAGUUGGUCUCUUGAUAAAACAUAUGGCAUUGAGCUACAUAAUCUUCCUAAUCAGUUGCAGACAGCGGAUGGCCUAUCUGGGAGCUUUAAUUAUAUGGAGGAAGAAUGUUUAGGUGUCGAUUUUAAUCUAGAUUGGUCGAGGCAAAAUUACUUUUCGGGUGAAUUUGAAGAGAAUGCAUUGCCUAAUUCAUGGUUCCCAUACCAUCACGGAGGCUCUAGCUAAAUUGGAUACACUUUUUCAUAGUCUGGAUAUAUAUAGUUCCAGCAGUGAUCUUUGUCCAUGUUAUUACAAAGGAGUUUUAAGCAAGACAUGUGCUGCAGUACUUAUACAGCUUUACUAUUCAUGCCUGUUACACUAUUAUUUUUAGGAAUUGAAAGAUUUGACAGGAAGUUCUUGAGAUUUACUUUGCUCAAACUAGGAGACUGAGUUGUAUUUUCUUUCAAAAUCUCCAUGUAUUCUGAUGGAAACUGUAUUUUCAUUUUAGAGUCCUCGAUAUCAUUUUAUGAACA